GGCUGUCGAUCCCGGAUGCUGGGGGAACUGCCCAAUCAAUGCACAGAGGGAGAGGAAGGGCGGGCUUCCGGAAUCUCGCGAGCGUUUCUUCCUCAGCGACUCCCCUCCUUAUCCUUCAAGCCAAGAGUUCUCUGCUCCAGGGACUCAGGUGACUCUGCUUUGCCUGUGUCCCCCAACCCCCAUCUCGGGUGCCUGGAGGUUCCUCGAGAGGACGCCGGGUCACCACAGAACACAAAAAUGAUCUCAGUGACCUUUGAGGAUGUGGCCGUGAACUUCACCCAGGAGGAGUGGACUUUGCUGGAUGCUUCCCAGAAGAACCUUUACAGAGAUGUGAUGCUGGAAGUCUUCAGAAACCUGGCUUCUAUAGGAAAGAGAUGGGAUGACAAGAACAUUGAAGAUCAGAUCAAUAAUUCUGGGAGUAAUCUAAGGCACUUCAGAUCUCACUGUGGGCAUGAAUGCUAUAAACAUGAAGAGUGUGAAGAGAAGCCAUGUGAAUUGAAACAAUACAGAAAAUCUCUGGUUUCUCUCAAAAGUGUUCACACACAAAUGUUAACACAAACUGGAGAUGGACCAUAUGAAAGUACAGUAUGUGGAAGAGUCAUCAGUUGUUCCAGUGACAUUCAAAGACAUGAAGAUUCUCAUACUGAGUGCCAACCCUAUGAAUGUCAACAAUGUGGUGAAGCCUUUUCUUCUCUCCCAGCUGUUCAAAGACACAUGAGAACACACAGUGGAGGUAAAUUUUUUCAAUGUGAGGUAUGUGGGAAAGCCUUCCAUUCCCCCACUUUAUUUAGAAAACAUGAAAGAACUCAUUCUGGAGAGAAACUCCAUAAAUGUAAACAAGGAGGUAAAACUUUGGUUUCAUUCACAAGUCUUCGAUGUCACAUGAUCAGGCACACUGGGAAAGCACAUUUCAAAUGUAAGGUAUGUGGAAAAGACUUUGCUUAUCCCAGUUUACUUAGAAUACAUCAGAGAACACAUACUAGAGAGAAACCCUAUGAAUGUCCACAAUGUGGGAAAGCCUUCAGUACUUCAUCUUACCUCCAGAUACACGAAUGGACUCAUACAGGAGAGAAGCCCUAUGAGUAUAAGUGGUGUGGAAAAGCCUUCACUCAGUCUGCUCACCUUCACUCUCAUGAGCAAACUCAUACUGGAGAGAAGCCCUAUAAAUGUCAACAAUGUGGAAAAGCCUACACUACUUCAUCUUACCUUCAGAUACAUGAAAAAAUCCAUGCUGGAGAGAAGCCCAAUGAAUGCCAACAAUGUGGAAAAGUCUUCACUACUUCUUCUAACCUUCACAGACAUGAACGAACUCAUACUAGGGAGAAGCCCUAUGAAUGUAAGCAGUAUGGCAAAGCUUUUACUCAGUCUUCUAACCUUCACUCAAUUGAAAACACUCAUAUGACAGAGAAAUCCUAUGAAUGCCAACAAUGUGGAAAAGUCUUCACUACUUCUUCUAACCUUCACAGACAUGAACGAACUCAUACUAGGGAGAAGCCCUAUGAAUGUAAGCAGUAUGGCAAAGCUUUUACUCAGUCUCCUAACCUUCACUCAAUUGAAAACACUCAUAUGACAGAGAAAUCCUAUGAAUGCCAACAAUGUGGAAAAGUCUUCAGUACUUUUUCUAACCUUCAGAUACAUGAACGGAUUCAUACUGGAGAGAAGCCCUAUGUAUGUAAACUGUGUGGAAAAGCCUUUGCUAGAUCUCCUCAGCUUCACAUACAUAAACGAACUCAUACUGGAGAGAAGCCGUAUGAAUGUAAGCUGUGUGGAAAAGCCUUCAAUGACCCCUCUAACCUUCACAGACAUGAAAGAACACAUACUAGAGAGAAACCCUAUGAAUGUCAACACUGUGGGAAAGGCUUCACUACUUCAAGUUACCUUCAGAUGCAUGAACAAAUCCAUACUGGAGAGAAGCCCAAUGAAAGUCAACAUUGUGGAAAAACCUUUGAUACAUCCAGUGAACCUCACAUGCAUGGAAGAACUCACAGAGAAGAGAAGCCCAAUGAAUGCCAACAAUGUGGAAAAGUCUUCAGUACUUCUUCUUCCCUUCACAAACAUGAAUGGACGCAUACUGGAGAGAAGCCCUAUCAAUGUCAACAAUGUGGAAAAGCCUACACUACUUCAUCUUACCUUCAGAUACAUGAAAAAAUCCAUGCUGGAGAGAAGCCCAAUGAAUGCCAACAAUGUGGAAAAGUCUUCACUACUUCUUCUUACCUUCAGAUACAUGAACGGACACAUACUGGAGUGAAGCCCUAUGAAUGUAAGCAGUGUGGCAAAGCCUUCACUCAGUCUGCUAACCUUCACUCCCAUGAGCAAACUCAUACUGGAGUGAAGCCCUAUGAAUGUAAGUGGUGUGGCAAAGCCUUUGCUAGAUCUUCUCAGCUUCACAUACAUGAACGAACUCAUACUGGAGAGAAGCCCUAUGAAUGUAAACAAUGUGGUAGAGCCUUUGCUAGAUCCAGUGAGCUUCACACACAUGGAAGGAUGCAUACUGGAGAGAAGCCCUAUAAAUGUCAACAAUGUGGAAAAGACUUUGCUGCCUACUCUCACCUUCACAAACAUGAAAGGACGCAUACUGGAGAGAGGCCCUAUGAAUGUAAACAGUGUGGAAAAGCCUUCACUGUGUCCUCUAACCUUCACAGACAUGAAAGAAUGCAUACUGGAGAGAAACCCUAUGAAUGUCAACAAUGUGGAAAAGCUUUCACUACUUCAACUCACCUUCAUAAACAUGAACAAAUCCAUAUGGAAGAGAUGCCCAAUGGAAGUCAACAUUGUGGAAAAACCUUUGAUACAUCCAGUGAACCUCACAUGCAUGGAAGAACUCACACAGAAGAGAAGACCAAUGAAUGCCAACCAUGUGGGAAAGUCUUCAGUACAUCUUACCUUCAGAUACAUGAAUGGACUCAUACUAGAGAAAAGCCCUAUGAAUGUAAGCAGUGUGGCAAAACCUUUGCUAGAUCUUCUCAGCUUCACAUACAUAAACGAACUCAUACUGGAGAGAAGCCCUAUAAAUGUCAACAAUGUGGAAAAGACUUUGCUGCCUACUCUCACCUUCACAAACAUGAAAGGACGCAUACUGGAGAGAGGCCCUAUGAAUGCAAACAGUGUGGAAAAGCCUUCACUGUGUCCUCUAACCUUCACAGACAUGAAAGAACACAUACUAGAGAGAAACCCUAUGAAUGUCAACAUUGUGGGAAAGGCUUCACUACUUCAAGUUACCUUCAGAUGCAUGAACAAAUCCAUGCUGGAGAGAAGCCCAAUGAAAGUCAACAUUGUGGAAAAACCUUUGAUACAUCCAGUGAACCUCACAUGCAUGGAAGAACUCACACAGAAGAGAAGCCCAAUGAAUGCCAACAAUGUGGAAAAGUCUUCAGUACUUCUUCUUACCUUCAGAUACAUGAACGGACACAUACUGGAGUGAAGCCCUAUGAAUGUAAGCAGUAUGGCAAAGCCUUCAUUCAGUCUGCUCACCUUCGCUCCCAUGAGCAAACUCAUACUGGAGUGAAGCCCUAUGAAUGUAAGCGGUGUGGCAAAGCCUUUGCUAGAUCUUCUCAGCUUCACAUACAUGAAAGAACUCAUUCUGGAGAGAAGCCCUAUGAAUGUAAACAAUGUGGUAGAGCCUUUGCUAGAUCCAGUGACCUUCACACACAUGGAAGGAUGCAUACUGGAGAGAAGCCCUAUAAAUGUCAACAAUGUGGAAAAGACUUUGCUGCCUACUCUCAGCUUCACAGACAUGAAAGGACGCAUACUGGAGAGAAGCCCUAUGAAUGUAAACAAUGUGGAAAAGCCUACACUACUUCGUCUUCCCUUGUGAUACAUGAGCAAACUCAUACUGGAGAGAAGCCCUAUGAAUGUCUACAAUGUGGGAAAGCCUACACUAAUUCCUCUUCUCUUCUGAUACAUGAACGAAGUCAUACUGGAGAGAAGACCUAUGAAUGUCAACAAUGUGAAAAAUCCUUUGUUACAUCCUCUCAGCUUCACUUACAUGAGCAAACCCAUAAGGCAGAGAAAUUGUACUCUUGAACACAACUGGUAAAGUCUUCUGUUAUUACUGUUCCUCUCAUCAACAUGUUAGAAGUUUAUAGGAGAAAAAUCCUUUAAAUGUGGAAUGUGGUGGGUCAAUAUUUCUUGUCCCCUUCAAACACAAAAAAGGGCUCACUGCUGAAUAUUGUACUGGGGAUUGUACUGGAGAUUUGGUCUGGUGGCACUCUACCACUGAGACACAUCCCCAUUCCUUUUUGGUUUUUCAGACAGGGACUAUCUAAGUUCCUUAUGGUCUUCCUAAGGUGUUGAGGCUGGCCUCAGACUUGUGAUCCUUCAGCCUCAGCCUCCCAAGUCUCUGGGAUUAAAGGCGUACACCACCACAUGUGACUGAAUAAGUGUCUAAAUGUGAAAAAUAUGGUAAAUCAUUCCAUUUUCUCUGUUGCCUUCAAAGCCAUUUCAGUCACACUGUGAAACAAGCCCUCUGAAUUGGUGGUGGUGGUGGUGGGGGGGGGUGAUUUGCUACAUUCCAUCAGCUUCACGUCCCAGACCUACUUUUCUUCUCUUUUAUGAAAAUUUUCCCUGUUUCUUCUGGGGACUGGGAAGAUUCUUUUGGAAAGAUUUAUGCCAAAAUGAAUAAGUCCUAUGUAAGUAAGAAAUACAAAGGGCUCAGGUGUUCCAGUUUUGUUCAGUUGUAUGAAAGGACUCAGACUGUAGAAAAUCCUGUGGAUAAGCCAUGUGGGGCAGUAUGCAGAUUUCACAGUUUCCUCCAAAGACAUGAAAGGAUUCACAUCAGGGAAAACCCUACUGCUCUUUAAACGAUGUGGUAACACUUUCAAAUUUCCAGGUCUCUUGUUUUUUCAUGUCUUUAUACAUGUAGUUUGUUUUUUUUUGUUGUUGUUGAUGAUGAUGAUGAUGAUGAUUUGUUUUUGCAUUACAAUUCUUAUUACACAUAUAUACCACAGUUUUCAUAUCUUUAUAUAUAAAGUAUGUUGACACGCAA